AUGUUGAUCUUAAAAGAGCUAAAGAGUUUAGGAGCUCCCGAAUUCCGUGGAGAAAAGGAUGAAGGUCCUAUGGAGACUGACUUAUGGCUAAAUGAUGUAAUGAUAAUAUUUGAAAGUCUUCACUACUCGGAUUCAGAGAAGCUGGGUGGAAUUGUAUCGUUGCUAAGGGGAUCAGCUCGAUUCAGACGAGCGAUGCUAAUAAAGUUCCUUAAUCUGAAACAAAGCAACCGAGCAGUACAUGAGUACAAGGCUGAGUAUAAUAAGUUGAGUAGUUUUGCUGCUGAGGUGGUUCCCAAUGACAAGACUCGACGGGAUCAGUUUAUUGAGAGAUUGAGGCAAAAGUUGAAAGAGAUGAUGACAGCUUUUCAUCUGCAGAUAGACGGGAAGUCAGAACAAACUAUUCAGAUAUUGGAGGAUUUGCUAAAGGCACGUGUGAUUGAGUUUAAAGGAUCAUGGGAAAGAUGUGGUGACACCCGAUAUUUUAUCCGGGAUUGCCCAUUAAUGACUGGAGAGCUUGCACAGUCUGAGAGAUAUGUUACUGUACCACAGAAAGACUGGUUGUAUCGUUACCAUACCAAUAUAGACUGUCGAUUGAAACGAGUAGUUUUGAGAAGUUCUAAUGGAUCAGAAGUAGUGGUGGUCAGUGAAAGAAUUAAUCGAUUAGCUAAUGUAAUAUUUGUGAUGUCGGCUAAGAAGUUAAUGUUACAAGGAUGUCAAGCUUUCAUUGCCAAUAUGAUCGAUACUCGAUUCAAGGAGAGAGGACUGGAGGACAUUUUGUCGGUCAGAGAAUUUCCAGAUGUAUUUCCAGCUGAGUUGCCGGGAGUACCUCCAGAUAGGGAGGUCGAGUUUCAAAUUGAGGUAUUGCCUAGAACGACACCAAUUUCGGUGGCUCCAUAUAGAAUAGCCCCAAAGGAACUGAGUGAGUUAAAGACUCAGUUGCAAUAG